CCCAGCCAUGAAGCUACUUUUUCCUAUCUUUGCUAGCCUCAUGCUACAGUACCAGGUGAAUUCAGAAUUUUUGGCCGUUAAGAAGUGUUUAAUGGGUUUUGGGAAAUGCAAGAACACCUGCCGCGUGGAUGAGAAGGAAAUACAGAAAUGCAAGAAGAAAAAAUGUUGUGUUGGCCCCAAAGUGAUUGAACUGAUUAAAAACUACCUACAACAGGAAAUACCCAAUAUACCAGAUGACAACCUUGUAGAAAUGCUCAAGAAUGAAAAAAACAUUAGUGUUCUGAUGCAAAAAACAUUUAAGUCCCCUGUUCUGUCCCAAAUGAAAAACCCCAAUAUCAAUUCUGCCAUCAUCCCAAAUGACCCACAGGGGAAACGCAGCAGCAGCAGCAAUACCAGGACACCAAAAUAUACGACAUGCACGGCAACUUUCUCCAGGAGUGUCACCAGACAAAGCCCAAAGCCUGCCACCUCCUCCUCACCACCACCACCAUAA